AUGCCGUCCUUUGCCCACGACAGCUUCCAAACUGCGACGGCGACGCCCGUACACCCCCACUCGUUCGAUUCUACACACCACAAAUCUCAUGAGAAGAACUCCGUUGGUAACACCUUCCUGUGGACCAACUGGCCCGAGGAGAACGCGAACCACGACGCCCACCAGAAUGAUAGGCAAUUUCUCACAGACAUUAAGAACGGCAGUGCAUACUCCUUGAAUGGUCCUCGCUCUAGCGCCAGCUCCUACACACGCGAAACAUCUUACUCCAAGGACGACAGCAUGCACCCAAUGAGCAAUGGCAUCGCGAGAGAUCCCCGAGAUGCUGCUGCCCGGCCAUCGGCUAUGCUCGAUCGGAAACCAUCAGACGCGGGCCCCGGAGCUGGCUCCGUGGUAGCCUCGACUCCUAAUGGCAAUCAGGUCAAUGGAACGUCGUCAUGGAGCAACUAUCGGCCUGUCCAGGGAAGCCAACGACUAAUGGAGAUCAUCGUCAUUCCAAACCCAGAUGACGUUAGUCGUCAAUCCUUCGACCGCGAUCGGUUAUCGGUCUCGAAAUUGGGUGGCCACCGCCACUCAUCCCCUGCCAUACCCGUCUCUGCGAUCGAUACAAACGGUAUUAAUGAAUCUCAACAGUCGAGCAUGCGACAACGCCACUCAUCACAGGUUCCGCAAGCGUCAAAUGGCCGACGAAAUAGCCGUGACCUCGGUGAGGACACUGCGUACACCAGCGGCCGUAUGUCACCAACUGCCGGCGGACCACGGCGAACGUCAUUCAGUCUGAUGCGGCGGUCCAAGGUAAACCCGGAUUUGCCCGUAGAUGGUACGCCCCCGGAUGAAGAUGCAGCUCGGUGGGCAGAAGCAAUCAAACAGAAGAGGGCAACACGUCGACGGCGCGAGGACGAUGAUGACGAACGUGUCAUCGUCGGCACAAAAGUGGAUCAGAACCACGUCAACUAUGUGACAGCAUAUAACAUGUUGACGGGUAUCCGUUUCACAGUCUCGAGGAUCAACGCCAAGAUGGACAGGAUCCUCACUGAGGCAGAUUUCGACGCCAAACACAAGUUCUCCUUUGAUAUUACUGGAAAUGAACUGAUCCCCUCAGCCAAGUACGAUUUCAAGUUCAAAGAUUACGCACCCUGGGUGUUUCGACAUCUUCGAGCAAAGUUCCGCCUUGACCCUGCCGAUUACCUCAUGUCCCUGACCAGCAAAUAUAUUCUGUCCGAACUAGGCUCCCCUGGAAAGAGCGGCAGUUUCUUUUACUUCUCCCGCGACUAUAAGUACAUCAUCAAAACUAUCCACCACGCCGAGCACAAGCUCCUGCGAAAGAUACUGCCGGAAUACUACCGACAUGUGGAGAAGAACCCGAACACCCUCAUCUCUCAAUUCUACGGAUUACAUCGUGUGAAGAUGGCAUAUGGCCGCAAGAUUCACUUCGUUGUGAUGAACAACCUGUUUCCACCGCACCGGGAUAUCCAUCAAACGUUCGACUUGAAGGGCUCCACAAUUGGCCGAGAUCUUCAGGAGUCUGAUCUUGAGAAAAACCCACGGGCGACCAUGAAAGAUUUAAACUGGGCUCGGCGGAAUCGACACAUCCUUUGCGGACCUGCCAAACGAGAAUUCUUCAUUGAGCAAUUGAAACGAGAUGUCGAAUUACUGAAAAAGUUGAAGAUAAUGGACUAUUCUCUGCUCGUGGGGAUACACGAUGCGGAGCGAGGUAAUGAUGAGAAGUUACGUGACAAAACGUUGCAGGUGUUUCAACCGGGUGGUGGACGCGAGGAGGAUGCCAGCCCAAACAUGCUGAUGCGGACACCUUCUAAAUUAGAAAAUGAUCGCAAGGCCCGGGAGCUCCGGAUGCUUAUCAAACGUGAGCGUCCUGUGCCUUUGGAUAAAGCAACUGCAAAAAUGCCAGACGAAAUCCUCGACGAACGGCAAUACCAUAUAUUCUAUGCGGACGAUGGAGGUUUCCGAGCCACGCAUGAGAACGGUCAACCAGGAGAUGAAAUCUACUAUCUAGGAAUUAUCGAUUGUUUGACUCACUAUGGAUUCAUCAAGCGAGUCGAGAACUUUUUCAAGGGCAUGUCGCAUGAAAAGACACAGAUCUCGCCCAUUCCACCGGAGAAUUACGGAGAUCGCUUUAUCAAUUUCGUCAAGAGUAUCACCAUGUCUGGGGAAGAGGCCGAGCGCCAGAAGACAGAGGCUGAGUUAGCAGGCGAGCACGGAGAACCCCCACUAUCAUCCGAUGAACAGGCAGCCGAGAAGGAUGCAGCCAAGGAGGUACAUUCUCGCACUCUGGCUACCGUGAGGGACCCUUCAGACGCCGCUGGAUCUGGCCCAACCUCGACCCUUCCAAUCGUCGACGAGGCCGGCGAGGCGAGCAGUAUUGGAGGCCGUAGCUCACACAGCCGUGCUAGCCGAGCUGAUACUGAUAAGGACCUUCCACCCCUGCCACCACAGACUCCUGAAAAAGGCAAAGCGGCUGAUCGGGGAUAA